CAUUGACUGAUUUCAGUAGCACCCUUUGAAGUAUGUGAAAGGUACUUGGGAGUAGGAAAGAAAACAUCCUCUUCUGUCCCUGAGUGGAACGUCUUUACUCAGUUUGGAAUCUCGAUUUUCCAGCUACCCGCAAAGAGCUCACUACAGUGUUUACUGCGUAGAUCAUUCAUUUUCUAGAAAGAAAUUUAUAAAAAUGGCUGCAAAGUUCAACAUAUAACCAGUGCAAUAAUUAAAGCACCCCUUUGAAGCAGAUCAGUGAAAAACACCUAAGAGAAGAAAUACAACCCAAGAGUAGAACCAGUUAAAGCAGACUACCAAAAGGUGAAACAGAGCCAAUUUCACCUUCAUGGAUGAAUUGGAAUUUUCUGAAGAUAGAACCGAUGAAAGCCAAAGAGAUUUACCUUAUGAUGGAGAGCUAGAGAGGAACCAUCAGAAACACAAGAAUGAAACAUGUAUCUGGAGUGAACAUACUUUCACUGCAGUUGAAAGUAUUUCAGAUGAUUUUUCAAAUAUGAUGCUUUCAGAGGUUCCAAAGCCUCAAGACUGGCAUACUCCUGACGAGAUUCCUGGGAGUGAAGAGAAUGUUUUUCCCAAUAAGGUAUCUCCGGACACUCUUAUAGGAGAAAAGCUCGAGGCUGAUUUUUGCAUGGGACUUUUUCACAUACCAGAUGAUAAUAAAAAAUACUCCAAUUCUCACAUUUCUGAAGUUCUACUACGGCAUCUUUCCAAUGAGGAGUUGUUAAAUGCCUGCCAUUUUAUUGAUGGGGAAACCAUUCCAGAGAUUUCUUUUAUAGAAAGUUUUGAUGAAAACAGAGUUAUUAAAAAUGUAACUUCACAUCGCAGUGAGAAUCUUUUGCCAAAACAAAAAAAUACAGGCGACUCUGACCAAAAACUUUUAAACAGUGAAGAGGAAAAUUGUGAUUCUAGUCCCAGAGAUGGAUUCACUCUGGAAGAAAAUAAAUUUGACUUAAAACCAUCAGAGGAGCCUGAGGUUCACACAGAGGGUAAACAAAAUUUGCUAACUGAAAAUGGAUGUACAAAACGUUUUAAAAAAACACAGAUGGGGCAGAUGUCCCAGAAACGUACGGUGGAAAGAACACACUCAAGUCACGAAUUCAAAUAUGGCCAGGGUCAAGUCCACUAUCGCCUUCCUGAUUUCUCUAAGAUUGCUCCCAAAGUGAAAAUACCGAGAAGAAAUUGCGCUAAUAAAUCAACACCCGUGGUAAAACAAACCACUUCCUCCCCGAACUUGAUUGGUGAGUCAGGAAUUCUGCCAGAUGUUUUGGGAGCCAAAACUAAUUUAGAUUUUAUUGAAAAGCAGUCAGAAGAGGAGAUAAAGAAAAAUGCUGAAUUCUUACAGCAGCUACAGUUGCUUACGAAACAUGCUGAGGCUCAAAAUCUCACGGAUUUCUUAAGAUUCACUACCAAGGUAGAACCUUCACUGAGGGUUUCCAAAGGAUCUCAUACAGGAUUAGAAUCUGGGGCAAGGAUAACAAAACUGUCAUCCACUCUUGCAGCAGAAGAGCCAUUUCCCAACCCUUCUAAUUUACAUACCACAAAAGGCGAAAAGAUGGGGCAGAAGCUAAAGGAACAGACUGAUCACUUGAGGACUAAAGUACAAGCAUUUUCUAAGAGAAUAACAUGGGAAUCCUUACCAUUUGAAGAAUACAGUCUGGUGCUGAAGCAAUUGCAAAGUGAUCUCGACAUGCUGGAGCAGAAUUAUCUGGCUACUAAGGAGAAACAUCGAGGUUUACAGCUGCAAAACUACAGGCUCCAGUCUGUGUCUGUUGGCGUCUUUGAUCCUGGAAGAAAGCUUGAGGGUGAAAUCUUUCAAAUAGAAAUGCAACUUGAAGAUAUCAAAGAAAAAAUGGAUCAAGACAUGCGCAGUUUCUCUCCCUCUUCACCUGUGGCUCAUCCGAUAGGUUCUUCACUUUCCCUGGGUGAUUCUGUGUCUGUGUCCUGUUCACCUGCUCUUGAGAGCACAAGAGAAGAAAGCCUUACUGGUCAUACAGAGAGGGCUGAACUGGAAACAAAUAACCAAAAAGAGAAGGGAGAGAGUGAAAGCAAUGAGAACGAGAUCAUUCCGGCCAAGUCCGAGGACUGUUGUUUCCCAGAUGACGUUUAUGAGCUCUACCCGCAAAUCUAUUUAGGGUUACCGCAGAGAGUUACUGCUAUCAGUGAAGACUUUUUGGAAUCUAAUCCGGGCGAGACAAAUGAACCCAUGGAGAACUCAUCUGAUGCCAUGCAGUGUUUUCCCCUAGAAGCAGAAGAUGGUUCGGGAAGGGUGAAAGCUCUUAAGCAAUGUAUGCUAAAUCAAGAUUGUGCCUCAGCCCAAGGAGCCCUUAAAAGGAACCCAAAAAAGGAGCUUAAAGUGGGCCACAGGAAACCAAAAUCCAGAGGGUUUCCAAUUCUCAUCCAAGAAAAAGCAAUGAAUCUAGAUUUAGCAGAUGAUGCCUUUGAUGCUGAUUCAGGAGACAAUUUAUUUCCCGAUUCCUUCACUGGACCACAAAGAGAUGAAUUCACAGAUUCCAGACUGAAAAUGCACGAAACACAGAACUCGGGAUUUGAAGAACUACCUCGAGCUUGUUCCCAGCGGAAAAGAAUUGGUUUCCCCAAAACAUAUGCAAAAAUGCCCCGAGACCAGUGUGAACCUAUAGUCUCUGGAAGACCAAAUUUAAGGACUCCCAAGAUGCGUUCUACAGAGGGGUGUAACCCAAUUUUAUUCUCACCCCCCUGUUCUUCUCAAAUGUCUUCAGGAAGCAGUUUCAAAUGUAGGAGAAGGAGCACAAAGAAAAGUAAUUCAAAGAUUCUAAACUCCGCUUUGGACCGUGCCCUACAGACUGCAGUCGGCUUAAAAAAGACGACGGAACGGAUGAUUCGAGAAGUGGCAGAGGAUCUGGAUAAAUUUCAGAAUCAGAAAAGUCAGGAACAAUUUUAGCCCCUGCACGGUCUGAUCUGAGAGGAUAUGAAAUGUGACGUUUCCAGAGAUGCACGGACUCCAUAAUGGUUGGAGGCUUGAAAAAGUGGUGCGCAGCCCCUCAUUUUCCAGGAACUUAGAUGGCGUCGGCAGAGCUGCUUCCCAACUCUGUUUAACACAGGCAGCAGCUACUGCAGUUUGUGGGCUGGAGAGAAGAGUCAAUCCAAAAGCAAUGGAAUUCUCCACAUCAUCCGGUAAUAAGAUUUUGUUACAAAGGGAUAGUGCUGGUAUGAGCUUAAGAAAAUGGUCCUUUUGUAGCCCCAAAUUCUUGAAAUAAUUGGUGAAAAGACUCAAUCUUUAAAAGUCUUUGUUUUAUUUGAGUAUUUCAUCAUCACUAGAAAAAAUCCUACAUGAUCAAGUGUAGAAUUUAGUAUAUUCCAGACAAAGAUUUUUAAGUAAACAGUAAUUUCAUAAAGUACAUUUAGAGAAUCAUACCAUAAUUAUUACCACUGCUAAAAAUUUUAAUUGAAAGAGAAAAUUACACUUUCAGGAAAUAAUAAUCUGAUCAUACAUAUACAUUUACAGCUUUACCUCUUACCUUUACAUCUGCAUCUAAAGUCCUUUAAAUCGCUUUUCAGAAGGAAACUUUCAGCAUUCACUAAUUCCAAAAAUGUUCCAUGAGUCAUUAGUGUAUAUAUAUACAGGUAGUUGUGAAAAAAAUCCUAUCUUUGAUUCCAAUAUUUUUUAUUCAAACAGGCAAAGUGUCCCGGUUUAGAAAAUGUUUUUGUAUCAGAUAAUGUAAAAUUUGAAUCUUGCUUCUGGUCUCCAAAGCAGCAGUAAUUAUUAAAAAAAAAAAGCCAAAUCCAACUAUGUGCAUGGUCAUCAUAUUAGAGACAUACUAGAAAUGUUAUUUCACAAAAAUAUAUACAUUUAAAUUAUGAGUUAUUUCCUUGAUUCAUUUUCUUGAACCAGAAGGACACUAGACUCUUCAAACAAGCUGCUGCUCAUCCUUAACAUAGGAGAUUUUAUCCUUGGGUUUGUUCAGCAUCUUUAAAUCAUCCAACAGCCUUUUGGGUGU